AUGCCGUCAACCCAGGCUCAGCCGUCGGGACUUCUUUCUGGCGACGCGGCGACUUGCGAGCUCCCACAUUCACAGGCUGCACAUGCAGUCAACGCUGGAGAUGAUUCCGGAUCGCUGAAUUCGUGCCACGCAUGGCGCUGCAGCACUUCGGCAACAACCCCAAGCCUUCGCAUUGGUGUAAAACGCAUGCGGGGCCCGGGCCUGCCUGCUGCCGAUCCCUGCGCUCGCUACCCCAGGCUGAUGAUUUGUGGCAUCGCCGGUUCGACGCGCAUGAACGUGCAGCACGCCGGGUUCCAUGUACUGGCACAGGUGUUGGCGGCACAUGAAGUUUGGAGCAUCGAUCCGGUGGACGAGCUGCGGGUUCAGGCUUUGCUCUCCGUCGCCCAGAACUUGGUCUCCACGCCCUGGCUCACGCAGCUGCUGCGGAGGUGCGCCGCGGCCUCCUGGGAGCUGAUGCUGGUGGGCUGGAGUUACGGCAAUCAUUUCGCCUGCCAUGCCGCGCGCCAGUUGGAGACGUUCGGGAUCUCACCGCGCGGCAUCUGCACUCUGGACGACCGGGCCUCGAAGCCGCCACGUGGAGUCGUCGAUCCUGACAACAUCUGCCAGACGAGGCCUCGCGUCCGCAUUUCGACCGUCGCCCUGGAGUUCGUGAGCCCCUGCCAUUUCGUGAGAAAGGAGUCCGGCCUAGAUCCCGUUCGCCUCAUCUUCGGCACCAACGGCGAGAUGGCAAUGAAGCGAGCUUUGUACUUCGAGAGAUCCUGCAAAGUCUGGUUGUCGGAAUCUGUCCACCACGACAUCGCGGUGGUGAGCUCGUGGGACAUCAGAGAGCGUCUCCACGAGCAGCUGCGGCAGCCGCGCAGGAAGCGCCGACGGCCGGCAAGGGUCUUUGGGGCUCCUGGCUUCGCUGCCGGCAGACCGCCAAAGGACCGAUCUUUGGGGAGGAGAGGUCAGUGGCUGGGCCGCUAG